AUGCAGGGGAUUCAUCGUUAUGCCAACAAGAAAAAAAUAAAUGUGAUACCCAACAACAUGGAAAAGUACGUCUCCUUCCAGCUUGGGAAUCUAAGGUUUUUGGAUUCCCUCCAGUUCUUGGGGCCAGGAACCAGUUUGGAUGCCUUAGCUGGGAAUUUAACAGAGUUCCCACACCUCAAAGAACAUUUUGAUAAAGUGUGGUCUUUCAAUAAGACAGAAGAUAUGCAGCUGCUUUGCCAGAAAGGAGUCUAUCCGUAUUCCUAUAUCAAAAAUUUUGAAGUCUUUGAAGAAACCAGAUUACCCCCUAAAGAGGCUUUCAAGAAUGACCUGACUGGAGAAGACCUCCCUCAAGAAAAGUAUGAAUUCGCGCAAAGAGUUUGGAGAGCAAUGGGUUGUCAAACGAUGGGAGAUUACCAUGACCUGUACUUAUAUCAAGACAUUUUCCUGUUGGCAGAUAUCUUUGAGCAGUUUCGUCAGGUGUGUCUUACUCAUUAUCAAUUAUAUCCUGCGCAUUACUAUACCGUGCCUGGGCUCGCGUGGGACGCCGCGCUCAAGUACACGAAAGUCAAGCUUGACACACUCUAUGAUGUUGAGAUGCAUCAGUUUUUGGAGCAAGGCAUGCGUGGAGGUAUUUCAAUGAUCAGUCAUCGGUAUGCCGAAGCCAACAACAAGUACCUGCAAGAGUAUGAUCCUGAAAAGCCCAUCUCAUUCAUCGCAUAUGAAGACUCGAAUAACUUAUAUGGAGAAGCCAUGGUACAAUCGCUUCCAGUGGGUGAUUUUAAGUGGGUGCCUAAUCAAGAAUUGUCUUCUUUAGAUGUGAUGACCGUGGAUGAUGAGGCUGACACUGGGUACUUUUUAGAAGUAGAUUUAGAGUACCCUCCUGAACUCCAUAAUCUGCAUUCUGAUUACCCGCUAGCCCCAGAAAAGAUGCUUAUCACCUCAGAGAUGCUCUCUCCCUAUCAGCAGCAAUUAAAAGAAGACCUGGUUUACAAACCUGCAAAAGUGGAAAAGUUGGUUCCCAAUCUCUGGGACAAGACCAAGUACCCUAUCCAUUACCGCAAUCUCAAGUUUUAUCUCACACAAGGUCUCGAGUUGCAGAAGAUUCAUCGUGCGCUUCAGUUUAAGCAGGAAGCCUGGUUGCGACCCUAUAUUGAACUCAACACUCAAUUAAGAGCCGCAGCUAAGACGGAGUUUGAGAAAGAUUUCUUUAAACUCAUGAACAAUUCUGUAUUCGGAAAAACAAUGGAAGACGUACGCAAAAGAGUCAACAUCAAGCUGGUGACUGAACCCUUGAUUUUCAAGAAACACGUGGCGAAAGUCACCUACAAGCGUAGCGAGGUAUUCGUGAACAAUGAAGAGAAGGAGGAGUACUUUGUGGGGAUAGAAGCGAAGCGCACCUCUAUAAAGCUCGAUAAGCCCAUCUACACGGGCUUUACU